GCUUGCAGAAAAAGACAAACACCGACUGCUUCGAUAAACACGCUGCGCUCCACGUUUGUUCAGAGUUCCUUCUGUUUCUACAAUCAAGAUGCCUCGCGAUCCUUACCCUUUCCCGAGACUUCAGAAUGACGGUGAUUUUUGUGGACAACAAGGAAAACAGGUGAAGGAGACAGGAACCUUGACUCAGACCAGUAGAGAGGGUACUCCAUGGGACAGACUCAACAAAACAGCCACACUUGCGAGUUCAAGAAGAGAAAUCUUUCAUCAUGACCCGCAGGCACCCAAUGAUAGCUUGGACUUUGUUAUCAAGUCAACAUAUGACCAUCAUAAAGAAUUCCUUUAUUCCAAAGCAGAGACUUUGGUUCAGCCUGAGACGGCUGGAGUGCAACAUGGUCGCAUUCUGAAGAAUCGACCUCCACCAGAAGAACCAGAAAUCGACCUCUACAAACUUCCGCUGAUGAAGAGCACGAGUGUACAACGCCAAAGCAUUCACAGCAUCAACGGAGCUAUAGAGAGUCACCAUAGUGCAGCUACAAAUGGCGGAUACUCCAGAAAACAUGAUGGAGGAUUUUAUACAUGUUAACAGUGCUCCUAUACAUGAUCAACUAACAUAAUCCACAAAGCUGAGUUACAAAAAAAGAAGACAAAUACAAAAAAUGUUUUGUGAACUUGUUUGACAAGUUUCCAUCUUUUAAUAGUAAAUAGGUGUUUUUCUUUCUUGAUGCCUUUUAUUUUAUGAAAUGUAAUUAAAAAAUGUCUUUAUCUUUUGUUUUUCACCAAUAUGAAUGAUUUCACUCCUGUUUUAUUUCAAAAAUGAUGCAUGUGUGAUACACGUACCGUCGUGAUAACAAUAUUAUUAACACUAUUCUGUUAAUAGCUACAUAUUAUAAGAUAUCUUUCAAAAUAAUCCUUUCUUUGUCUUUUCCUAUUUAUAAGUUACGAUUCUGCGAGAUUUUCUUUAUAUACAGCAACACCUUUUGAUUCCUAGACAAUGUUCUAAAUAACUUGAAAUAAUUUUAUUAAUUAAUAUUGAUUUCUUACAAGCAAAAAAUGCAGCUAUAAAAUAUUUUGAUGAUUAAAAUUACUUUGCACCAAUUCUAAUAAUACUUGUACUUGUUAAUUUUUUAAUAAAACUAAAAUCAUUAUGCCACUGACAACUACAGCUGUAAUGCAUUAAUAAAUCAUUAGUAUUCUGUUAUAACAGUUGAGGUUCUUUCUUCUGAGGGUACUAGCAACAUAUCAUUCUAUGGUUUAUCAGAAAAUGUGGAUUAUAGUACACAAACAAGAUUUUCUCUUUUUUUAGCAUCUUGAAGGGCCUUAUUAGCUUAUGUUGCAUAUGAAGCAUAUAUAAGGAUAUAUGACUACUUUUCAAUGUGUUACACAUAUCAAAAUUUGGUAAUUCCAGUAGCUGGGCAUGAGAAGUUACCCGUACAUUUAUUUGGCUUAGUGACGGAAGCUCAUUAAAGAAAGCAAGGGGAAUUUUGCCAAGCCUGGGCAAAGAAUGUUGUAACACAGAUUUUCUCAUCUACAUUAUUGUAACUUGUUUAUCAGAUUCUUCCUUCCAAA